AAAUGAUUGAGGAGCUUGAGGAGACAUAAAAUUUUCGCUAGGAUACGAAUUAGCAAUAUAGAAGCUCGAUGAUUGACCACGCAAAAAAACUAGCUUAGUACCGGAAUAAAUCAUUUUUACACAAAACUGCUCAAUGAUAGGUGCGUAAAAAUAAUUUAAAAUUAAAUAAUGCAAUGUUCCACUGGUUAGUAGAACAGCUCAUAACCAUCAAUAGAAUGUAGGUGCUCUGCUGCGUUUUCGAGCAAUUCCAAAAGAAGUACGAAGUUCAUGGAGUCAUUAAGAGUGACGUCCCACCCAUCAUCAAUAGAGAGCAAACAUUCAAGUCGGGAAACAUCUCCAAGUCGUAAGCGAGUAAAUGCUUCUGCUAAUUUAGUUACGCAGGCAGUCGUUAUGCAAACGGGUUACACUAUGUCUGAACGGGAGGGAUCAUUAUCUGUUACAGACAACGCCUCUGGCGCGGAGGAAGCAAAAGACAAUGAAGAAACUAUUAUCACAUCCAUUCAGGGGGAUGAGAAUGACGGCAAUCUCACUACAAUUUCCCAACUAAGUAAUGACUCGAAUGAUUCGAAACCGUUUUACAAGGGACACCAUAGGACGAGCAGCUCAUUAGCGUGCAAUCGUAUCACUACCAAGAUUGCUUGUACGAAAGAAUCAAUAAAGAAAGAACAAACAGCCAGGGAUGCUAAUGUUAACGAGUACUUAAAAUUAGCUGCCAGUGCUGAUAAGCAACAACUGCAGAGAAUUAAAGCAGUUUUUGAAAAGAAAAAUCAAAAGAGUGCCCAUAACAUUUUGCAGCUACAGAAAAAGCUUGAAUCGUAUAGCAAGAGAUACAAAGAUUUACAGCAUCAUCAAAAGCAGCAACAAAGUGUUCGCCAGCCAAGAGAAAUGCUGCGUGAUGUGGGCCAAGGUUUACGAAACGUCGGCGGCAAUAUACGAGACGGUGUUAGUGGACUAUCAGCAAGUGUAAUGUCGAAACCCAGAGAGUUUGCGCAUCUCAUCAAGAACAAAUUCGGCAGCGCCGACAACAUAAAUCAACUUUCAUCUACUUGGUACACCGAGCCCAACACUGGUGAUAUCAAUAGAACUUUACACCCAUCACACAUUGAUGAUGAGACAUCGCUUCGCUAUGAAAAUCUAAACAUCAGUAAGGGCGUUAAUCCUUCGGAUGACAUAGCGAUAUCUAGUCCAGGUAUAAUUGGAGAUAUCGAAGGAAAGUAUAGCGAACACGACAGCGAAUGCAGUAGUGUUACGAGUGAUAGCAUUCCACUAAGCUCUGGAAAACAUCGUAUGUUAAGGAGGAGUCAUUGUACAAGCUAUAAAGCGAACAAUGAAAUCCGGGAAGAGCACGAUCGAAUAAAAGGAAAAAUCGACAGAUUAGAGGGUUUACAUAAGGAUUUUACCGAACUGGCCAUAGCAUUAGAUACUGAACGGUAUCGUGCAGAGCGACUGGAGGAACAACUUAACGAUUUGACAGAGCUUCAUCAAAACGAAAUUGAAAACCUAAAACAGGCUAUCGCGGAUUUGGAGGAAAAAGUUCAGUACCAAAGUGACGAACGAUUGCGGGACGUUUACGAAAUAAUGGAAAACUGUCAAACUAGGGUUUCCAAAAUGGAACAUAUAUCUCAGCAGCAAUACGUGACGGUAGAAGGAAUAGACAACUCGAACGCACGAGCGGUCGUAGUGAAGCUGAUAAACGUCGUUUUGACCGUGCUCCAAGUAGUUCUGCUCUUGGUUGCAACGGCCGCCGGGAUAGUGAUGCCUUUCCUAAAAACACGGGUACGUGUUCUGUCUACCAUAGUUUGCAUCAUGUCAAUUGCGUUAAUCUUCAGGCAAUGGUCGGAUCUCAAACAGUUUUGGGUUUAUUCGAUCGGAUUUGUUAGGGGUUUUUUAAAAAUAUAAUAAAUCCAGCGUAAGUUCACUAUUUCAAUGUUUAAUACUUUUAGGGUCAGGAAGGUGAAAUUUUUCAUCGGAUAAUGUAGAAAUAAAAAUGCAAAGAACUAGGGAUAUGAGAUAAAAAAAAGCAGGGGAAAACUAUUUGAAUAUUAAAGUUACGUAGCUGAUCAUUGAU